AUGACCCCUUCAGUUGAUAGCCUUGCCGUUCUUGCCCUCCUAUCCGUUUCUUGUGUUGUCUUUACUGUCCUCAGGCGGUUCGUUGGGAACAGACAACAUAAACCUCCUCUUCCUCCUGGUCCAGUGCCGCUUCCAUUGUUGGGGAAUGUCUUAUCUAUUAACACAAAGCGACCUUGGUUAACCUAUACUGAAUGGCAUGCUAUCUAUGACCAGAAAGUGGUUGUGAUCAAUUCUCAGCGUGUUGCACACGCCUUGCUGCACAACCGUUCCCAAAUCUACUCUGAUCGACCCUAUUUAGCCACAGUUGAACCAUGUGUUUCCUUAUUUGGCUGGAUGUUCAACUUUGUAUUCGCAGGUUAUAACGAUGCAUGGUGUCUUAGCCGGCGACUCUUCCACCAAACCUUCCAUGCCGAAUCUGCACUCAAGUUCCGCCCAAUGCAGAUCAGGCGGGCUCGUGAGAUGAUCGUCAACCUAAUUUCUGAUUCUCAAUAUUAUGAUUCCCACUUUGCAAUAUUCUCAUCCUCUGUUGUGAUAUCAGCUGUAUAUGGUUACGAGUCCAGUGCUCAAGAUGAUUCUUUGGUUCGGCUCUUUAUACAUUCUAUGCAACUUGGCCUGCCCUGGUUGACUCCAGAGAGCGCAAUCGUGAUUAAAACUUUCCCCUUCUUACUGAAGUUGCCUGACUGGUGCCCAGGAUCCUCAAUCAAACGUGAUGCCCGGAUUUCGACCAAUAGCUUGAAUGAAAUGGUGGAUGUCCCGUUUCAAUAUGUGCAGCGUCGUAUGGCUGACAACUCACUCCUGGACACACCUUCAAUGGUGGCCGAAAAUUUGCAAAGGGUGGAGAAGCAAGACAAGGCAUUCAAAUCAAUGUUUGAGACCGCCUUGAAAAACACAGCUGCCACUGCUACUACCGGGAUGUUGAUGGUCUUUGUUCUUGCCAUGGUACUAUAUCCAGGUGUCCAGAAACGCGCACAAGCGGAGAUCGACUUGGUCAUUGGAAGAGAUCAGUUGCCUGCGUUUGAGGACAAGAAAUCACUACCCUAUGUCGAUGCAGUUGUGCAGGAGACUUACCGGUGGAUGCUCAUUGCACCACUUGGAAUUCCACAUGCUACCUCGAGUGAAGAUACAUAUGAUGGUUACUACAUCCCAAAAGGUCUGGCCAUUUCACAUGAUGAAAAGCGGUAUCAUGAUGCAUGUCAUUUUAUUCCAGAGAGAUUCAUCGACAUUAACGGCACGCUGACGGACGAUGACUCUAUGCAAUAUAUUUUUGGCCUAGGCCGGCGUAUAUGCCCAGGCAGAUACAUUGCUGAUGCCUCUGUGUGGUCUGCCAUUGUGACAAUGUUGUCCACAGUGGAUAUUUUUUCUGCCAAAGAUGACCAGGGCAACGCAAUCGAUUUCACCCCCGAGUUCGCGACGGGAAUCACUUAG